AUGGCGUCUUCCUUCAGAGACCUCGCCAGGCUCUUCAACGGCCUCUCUUUAGUAGCCAACGAAUUCGCCAAGCGCUCUUUACCCGCCACAACCGAUCAUUUCGAUACCCUAAUCAAGAAAACCCUCCUCUCCGCCACCGACCUCACCGGCAUCACCAAAGGAAAGCUUCGCCAAUUCCCCAACCCUCCACCCUCCGCAAACCCUACACGCCACCACGCUGAUACUGCUUCUAGUUCCGUUGUUUUUUUCACCCACGAUAAUCCUCCUCAAUCUGAUUCAGCACCAGCACCAGCACCAACACCAACAACAAUAACAAACGAUGGCGAUGAUGCCAAUUCUUCUUCCGACGCAUAUCACCGGCAAGCUUCCGAUGCAAAUGUUUGUGCUGCGGAAGAAGAGAAAAGUGAGCUUGUGACUUCUGCAAAAACGGUUAAUCAAGAUGCGAGUGGGGAUGUGGCACCUUCGCCGCCGUUGAGGAAACGAAAACCCAGGGAGAGGAAGGUUCCCGCAACUCCAUUUGCUAGGGCUCUUGGGUUUGCUGGGCUAGGAGCGGGUCUUGCGUGGGGGACACUUCAGGAAUCUGCCAAGAGGCUUGCCUUUGGUACGCCUGCUUCGCCAGGCAACCAAUCUGCACUUUCCCCGUUUUUAUCUGAAAAAAAUGCAGAACGUUUGGCUCUUGCACUGUGUAGAAUGCGUGGAGCUGCGCUUAAAAUUGGGCAGAUGUUGAGCAUACAGGACGAGUCACUUGUUCCUGCUCCGAUCUUGGCUGCAUUAGAAAUUGUCCGUCAAGGUGCAGAUGUGAUGCCAAAGGGGCAGCUUAAUCAAGUUUUAGAUGCUGAAUUAGGUCCUGGUUGGCCAUCAAAAUUAAUUAGUUUUGAUUAUGAACCUAUAGCUGCUGCAAGUAUCGGCCAGGUGCAUCAAGCUGUCAUGAAGGAUGGCAUGCAAGUCGCAAUGAAAAUUCAGUACCCUGGUGUUGCAGAUAGCAUUGAUAGUGACAUUGAGAAUGUGAAGCUUGUUUUAAACUACACAAAUCUAAUUCCUAAAGGACUUUAUCUUGACAGAGCUAUAAAGGUGGCCAAAGAAGAAUUAUCCCGCGAAUGUGAUUACAGGUUGGAGGCAGCAAAUCAGAAGCGGUUCCGAGAUCAUCUUACUGGGAUAGACGGAUUUUAUGUUCCAAUUGUUGUGGAUGAUAUUUCAAGUAGAAGAGUAUUAACUACAGAGCUUGUUUAUGGAAUUACAAUUGAUAAAGUGGCAUCACUGGACCAGGAAACUCGUAAUUAUAUUGGCAAAAAGUUAUUAGAACUCACAUUGAUGGAGUUAUUUGUAUUCCGAUUUAUGCAGACCGAUCCUAAUUGGGGUAAUUUCUUAUUUGAUGAAGCUACAAAGACAAUCAAUCUGAUUGAUUUUGGAGCAGCUCGGGAUUACCCUAAAAGAUUUGUUGAUGAUUAUUUAAGAAUGGUUCUAGCAUGUGCAAAUGGUGAUAGUGAUGGGGUCAUUGAGAUGUCCAGGAGACUUGGGUUCCUCACCGGAAUGGAAUCAGAUGUCAUGCUAGAUGCCCACGUCCAAGCUGGGUUUAUUGUGGGUUUGCCAUUCUCAAGAUCUGGUGGAUUUGAUUUCCGAUCAAACAACAUUACUCAAAGCAUUUCUCAUCUUGGAGCAACAAUGCUGAAGCACAGGCUCACUCCUCCACCUGAUGAAGCCUAUAGUCUGCACAGAAAGCUUUCCGGUGCUUUUUUGGCGUGCAUUAAGAUUGAGGCCGUUGUCCCGUGUAGGGAACUGCUGCUUGAAGUAUACAAACAUCAUAAGUUUGGUGAAGAAAAUGAGAUAUUGUCCAGUGGCUCAGUGCCUGCAUAG